AUGACUUCAUACGAGCAUAGAUUUGAUUUUGUUUAUUUUGCAAAAAAAGAUAUAAGCAAACCAAACACAUCUAAAUGCAAGUAUAGACUUGCUGAUUCAAACAAACCUCAAGAAACAAUUUUAGACUUUAAAAAUAAUUCAUUUCUGGACAAGACGAGAUAUUAUAAUUCUAAAGUUUUAACAUCAAAUCAGAUAGCCCUAAUUAGUAUGCAUUUAGGUAUUCCAAACAAUAGAAUUCUUAAUAAUGGUAAUGAAGAUAUCAAAGAAAGUCUUAAAAGCGAUUACGUUGAAGAUAUUUUAUAUAAAUAUGCAAAAGAUUUUCAAUAUGAAGUUCAAUUACAUAGCUUCAUAAUCGAUACCAGCAAUGAUGCUAUAAUGGAUCUUUUCAAAGAUGUUGACCAUGAUUAUAUAAUUACAUAUAAUACUUCUUCUGAACCUGAAUUAUCAGAUAAAUUGAUAAAUUAUCUUAUGAGAUAUUAUAAAUUUCAGCCUAACGAAAUGUGA